CUUACUGUCCUCUUCUGGCAAACUCCCAUGCCGGUAAUUUCGGGAGAAAAACCCUCUAGGUCGAGGUAUCUGUAGCCCUGCAGACUUGCUAGCACUAGCUUCAUCAGCAAUUGCCCAUGUAUUUCCUCCUUGUCGGAUUACCCACCUGAAGCAGCAUCACAGCCUCGCAGCUAGAGAAAAGCACUUAUCGCACUCAUUCGCUUGCGUUUGCCCCAGAUAGCAGGCCGCGAUGAGCGACUCCCGACCUACGAUGGCGACGACGGCCGAGCCAGGGCCAGAGCCAGAACCCCGGAAUGACCCAUCGACGCCAUCUUGCGGGCAGGAACCAGCAACCAUGUCGCCAACGAGAGCGUAUCUGCGCGUCUUCUCCUACCUGAGCCGAGCCGAGCUGGCCCUCAACGCCGUCGCCGUCGCGGCCGCGUUUGGCUCGGGCGUCGCCCUGGCGCUGGUGAACCUCGUCAUGGGCGAGCUGAUCCGGGCGAUCCUGGCCUUCGUGUCGGGCAGCCUGGGCCGCGGCGACUUCCUCCCGCAAGUGUCGGGCCUUUGCCUGCAGCUCGUCUACGUUGGCGUCGCGCGCUGGGCCUGCGUCUACAUCUACACCGUCGCCUCGACGCACGCGGCCUACCGCGCCGUCCGCGGCCUGCGCGCCGACUUCCUGCGCGCCGCCCUGCGCCAGCCCGUCGCCUACUUCGACCGGGAGCCCGGGUCCGUGGCGGUGCGCGCCACCACCAACGGCAACCUGGUGCAGUCGGGCGUGGCGGAGAAGCUUAUGGUGUGCUUCCAGGCCUCGGCGACCGCCGUUGCUGCUUUUGCCAUCGCGUUCGCCGCCCAGUGGAAGCUAACGCUAAUUUUAAUCGGGGUCGCCCCGACGCUGGUCGUCCUCCUCGGCACCUGCGCCACCCUCGAAUCUAAGAUCGAGAUAAAGCAGCUCGACGUCUUCGCCCAGGCGGGUUCCUUUGCCGAGAACGUCCUCGUCACCGUCCGCACCGUCCACGCCUUUGGCAUGCGGCCCCGCCUCAUGGCACACUUCGUGGCCUACCUCGACAAGGCCAAGGCCAUCGGCAUGCGCAAGAGCCCCCUUUAUGGAGUCCUUUUUAGCCUCGAGUAUUUUAUCGUGUACUCUGCCAUGGGGCUCGCCUAUUGGCAAGGUAUUCAAAUGAUAUCGCGCGGAGAGGUUGACGAUGUGGGCACCGUUUAUACGGUCAUCAUGUCUGUUCUGACGGCCAGCUUGACUGUAACUGUUGUUGCCCCGUACAUGAUUUCGUUUCAGAAGGCUGCCACGGCGGCUGCCCAGCUCUUCGUCCUCAUCGACCGCAAGUCCGACAUUGAUCCGUUUGGCGAGGAAGGCCUGAAGCCUGCGGAGGAAUCCGUCCGCGGCGAGCUCGAGAUCGAGAACAUCACCUUCAGUUAUCCAGCCCGGCCGGAGGUCUCCGUCCUGGACAAGUUCUCGCUGCGUGUCCCAGCCGGCAAGGUGACGGCCCUCGUGGGCGCCAGCGGCUCCGGGAAGAGCACCAUAAUUGGCCUUGUCGAAAGAUGGUACGACCCCAAUUCGGGUGUUAUAAGGUUGGACGGAACGCCCAUCGAAAACCUUAACCCGAAUUGGCUACGAACCCAUGUGCGUCUGGUGCAGCAGGAGCCCGUUCUUUUCAACGGAACCGUCUUCGAGAACAUAGCUCACGGCCUUGUCGGUACCCCCUGGGAGAGUGCACCCCUGGCCGACCGGCGGGAGCGCAUCAGGCGCGCCGCCGAGCUCGCGUACGCCCAUGAUUUCAUCACCACGAAGCUCCCAGACGGCUACGACACUUUUAUCGGGGAGCGUGGGGGUCAGCUCUCCGGGGGGCAGAAGCAAAGGAUAGCAAUCGCGCGCAGCAUUGUCUCGGAGCCGCGCCUCCUCCUCCUCGACGAGGCCACCAGCGCGCUCGACCCGCGGUCCGAAGGCGUGGUGCAAAAGGCCCUCGAGAACGCUUCCAAACAAAGGACAACCAUAGUGAUCGCGCACAAGCUGGCCACCGUCAGGAACGCCGACAACAUCGUCGUCCUAUCGAAGGGCGCCAUCGUCGAGCAGGGCACGCACGAGGCCUUGAUGGCUGCGGGCGGCGCCUAUUCGCGCAUGGUGCGGGCCCAAAAGCUGACGGCGGAAGACGGGGAGAUACAGGGGAUACAGGAGGACAUCGCCGUGGAGCCUGAGGUGGCGGCUGCCGAGAAGGGGCCUGCAGAAGUGUGGCAUGGCGUGGUGGGAGAGAAGCGGGACUUGGAGCAACAUGCCCAACCCGCACGCACCUCGGCCGUAGCACAAUACGACUUUGGGACGGCGAGUCGCAGGAACAUCCUCGGAGGCGUCUGGGAGCUCAUCCGCGAGAGUUCGGAGCUCAAAUGGUACUUCAUCGCCAUCUUGAUUGGAUGCCUGAUUGGAUCCGCCGCACUCCCUGGGCAAGCGCUUCUGAUGGGGAAGAUAAUGGGUGUCUUCAGCAUGCCGCCUGAUCGGAUGGCAGACGAGGGAAACUUCUAUUCGCUCAUGUUCUUCGUCAUGGGCCUGGCAGCCAUGCUCGUCUACUUUGUGACGGGCUGGAUCGCCAACUCAGCAGCUCAGGCGAUGAACCACAAAUUCCGGCGGAAUCUCCUAAAUAACGUCUUGAGGCAGGACGUCGCGUUUUUUGAUCUCCGAGAAAACAACGUCGGCGCCCUGACCAGCCGCAUCGAUUCGACAGCUCAGGCCAUGAUAGAGCUCAUGAGCAUCAACAUCGUUCUUAUCCUCCUGACCAUAUUGACGAUAUUAGCCUGCAGUUGCCUCUCGAUAGCCACGUCGUGGAAGCUCGGGAUGGUCGGGGUGUUCGCCGGGCUUUCCCCUUUGCUCGCUGCCGGGCUUGCGCGGAUCCGUCUGCAGCUCAAAAUGGAUGGGGACAACGAGAGACGCUUUUCGGCCAGCGCGGCCAUCGCCUCCGAGUCCAUCCUCGCUAUCCGGACCGUGUCCAGCCUCGCCAUCGAACGCGUAGUUUUGCAGAGGUACACCGACGAGCUCAACGCCGUGACCAAGGCGUCUGUCCGGCCCCUGCUGCACGCCAUGCUGUGGUUCUCCUUCACACAGGCCGUGGAGUACUUUGUGCUCGCCUUGGGUUUUUGGUGGGGGUGCACGCUGCUAAGGGACGACGAGAUAUCGCUGUACCAAUUUUUCGUAUCCUUUAUGGGCAUUUUUUACGCCGGACAAAACGCCGGCACCAUGUUCACGUACACGAGCAGCAUCACGCAAGGCAAGGCCGCAGCCGACUACUACCUGUGGGUGAGGUCACUGAAGCGGACGGUGGAGGAGACGCCCCAGAACAAAUCGGUCGUGCCGGCCCGCGGCCUGGACUGCGUCCAGCUCGACGACGUGGCCUUCAGCUACCCGGCCCGGCCGGACGCGCGCGUGCUCCGCGGCGCCGACAUUACGGCCUCGUCGGGCGAGUUCGUGGCCCUGGUGGGGCCGUCCGGGUGCGGCAAGAGCACGGCCGUGGCGCUGCUGGAGCGUUUCUACGACCCGGGCUCGGGUACCGUCCGCGUCGACGGCCAGGACCUGGCCGCCGUCAACCCCGAGGCCUACCGAGCGGGCGCCGCGCUCGUGCAGCAGGAGGCGACGCUGUACCCGGGCAGCAUACGCGACAACGUCAUGCUGGGCCUGGCCCCUGAGGAGGAGGAGGCGGCGGCGGCAGCCGGGGACGGCGAGGCUCGGCUCGAGGCCGCGCUCCGGGCGGCCAACGCGUGGGACUUUGUGGCGUCGCUGCCGCAGGGCGCCGGCACGCCCUGCGGCGUCAACGGGUCGCACCUAUCGGGCGGGCAGCGGCAGCGCGUCGCCAUCGCGCGCGCGCUGAUACGGAACCCGCGGCUGCUGCUCCUCGACGAGGCCACGUCGGCGCUGGAUACGGCCUCGGAGAGGGCGGUGCAGGGCGCCCUGGGCCGCGGCGGCGGGGCGCGCGCCUCGGGGCCCGGCAGAAUCACGGUGGCCGUCGCGCACCGCCUGAGCACCAUCAAGGAUGCCGACCGCAUCUACGUUUUUAGCGGCGGCAGGGUGGCGGAGCAGGGCAGGCACGACGAGCUCGUUGCCCUGGGCGGCCUUUAUAAGAGGCUGUGCGAGGCCGAGAGCUUCGAGGUGGAUGGUUGAUUUGGGCGGUUGGCGGGUUUUGAGCAGUGGCUGGUUUGAGUAGGCAACCUGCUGGACUUUGCUGCUACGAUAAGGAAUAGGCAGGGUUUCUGAGCUGGGCUUCAUCUCGUGUGACUUUCAUAGUUCCUAGUGUAAACUUUAUCCCAUCCGCUAGCCGAGGUCCCUUUCCCCAGCCUUCCGGUAAGAUCCAGCAUCUUUGGCGAGAGGUUAGGUUGUAAUUUCGUACAGGCUUGCAAGGGAGUGAUUCGUAAAAUUAGUCAACACUAGUAACUGCGUUUUAUGCUCUUCAGCAUUCGCAGAAGAGUAUCUGCGCCCAUCAACGGCGCUUCUGAAUGACAGUAUCGAGGAUGCGAGAUUCAACUUGAAGCCUCGUGUUCCAUGGCCG